CUUUUCACUGUGAGCUUUGCACUCCGCGGGGCCAAAUCCACAGACUUCACACACAUUUCUGCAGCACUACUUAUUUUUCUCCGUCUUUGCUGACCUCUAUUCCUUCACUUUCUCUUUGUGGUGGGGAUGGUACACUACAGUUGGAACUAAUCUUGGCAGCCACUGUACUACAACAGCACAGAGCAAGCAAGAUCUCUACUGUCUGCAAUAUGUGCUCCAUCCCAUAGGAGUUGUGUGCAGCCGUGUGCUUUUGGGACUAGCAGCAGUGAAGUGAAGAGGUCUGUGAAGUGAAGAUUGCUUACUGUAGUCAUGAGUGCUGUGUUGUGCGAGUUUUUGUGUCCCUUCUUUCCAAUAAGGGUGGAAGAAUGAUGGGAUGGCUGUAAAUAUGGGCCACUGGGCAGGCACACAGACCUCUCUUCUCUGCCUUGCUCUCCUGCUUCUCCAGCUCUUCGCUCGCUGUUGCCAAGGUCUACAGAACCCAGCAGUGCUACCUACCUUCUUCUUCACACAUUCCCUCUACAAUGCCACAGUCUAUGAGAACUCGGCUGCCAGGACCUACGCCAACAGUAAAGUUAAAAUGGGGGUCACAUUAACGCAUAAAUCAUGGGAUAUUAAAUACCGGAUAGUUUCCGGAGACGAAGAAGGUUUUUUUAAAGCAGAGGAGUUUGUAAUGGGAGACUUCUGUUUUCUCAGGGUUAGGACUAAAGGAGGAAAUGCUGCCAUUUUAAACCGAGAGAUCCAGGAUAAUUACUUGCUAACUGUAAAAGCCACUGUCCGAGGGGAAGAUUUAGAUGCCUGGGCAAAAGUCAACAUACAGGUUUUAGAUAUGAAUGACCUACGUCCUUUGUUUUCGCCAACAACUUAUUCCGUAACGAUAGCUGAGAACACCCCGCUAAGAACUAGCAUUGCACAAGUGACAGCAACAGAUGCAGAUAUUGGAUCCAACGGGGAGUUUUAUUAUUUCUUUAAAGACAAAGUUGACCUUUUUGCAGUUCAUCCUACCAGCGGGGUAAUCUCUCUGAGUGGCAGGCUAAAUUCUGAUGAGAGAAACAGAUACGACCUGGAAAUCCUAGCAGUUGACCGUGGAAUGAAACUGUAUGGAAACAAUGGCGUGAGCAGCACAGCAAAGCUUUUCAUUCACAUUGAACGCAUCAAUGAGCAUGCACCAACCUUAAGCGUGGUGACUCACACUCCGUCUCUGCUUGACAAAGAUCCCACCUACGCAGUUUUAACUGUCGAGGACAUGGAUGAAGGUGCAAAUGGCGAAAUAGAAUCGGUUUCCAUUGUAGCUGGGGAUCCUUUGGACCAGUUCCGCUUGGUUAAAAGAACUGGAAGCAAUGAAUAUAGAAUAAAGGGAUUGGAACCAGUGGAUUGGGAUCAUUUCCCUUAUGGUUACAAUUUAACCCUUCAAGCCAAGGACAAAGGUUCUCCCCAGAAAUUCUCUGCCGUCAAGGUUGUUCACGUGUAUGUCAAUAGACCUCAAGCUGUUGAAAUUAAGUUUGAAAAGGAAAUGUAUGAAGUCAGUCUCAGUGAGUUUUCACCACCUGGAGUCAAUGUGGUUGCUGUUAAACUUUCCCCCGAGCCUCAGGAUGUGGAAUAUAACCUAAAUCCUGGACCAGAUUCAGAUUAUUUUAAGAUAAACCCUCAAACCGGAUUGAUCACCACUGCCCGACAUUUAAACAUCCUUGAAAAGGAGCUCUUUGAACUUCAGGUGGUUGACCUAGAAAGUGACUUGAAAGUUAAAGUGAGCAUCACAGUGGAAGAUGAAAACAACCAUGCACCCCUGUUUCUACAACCAUCAUAUGAAGUGUUUCUGAAUGAAAGCAUAGCAGUCGGAACAAAUGUUUUGACUGUUUCAGCCACAGAUAGUGAUAGAGGGGAAAAUGGUUAUAUAACGUACAGCAUUGCCAGUAUACAAGCCUUACCUUUUACUAUUAAUCAAUUCACUGGUGUCAUAAGCUCUAACAAUGAGCUUGAUUUUGAGUCUUCAUCUGAGAGCUACAUUUUUGUUGUCAGAGCUUCUGAUUGGGGUUUGCCUUACCGGCGUGAAAGUGAAGUUAAUGUCACUGUACAUCUCGAAAAUGUCAAUGACAACAAGCCCCUUUUUGAGAAAAUAGCCUGCCAAGGUGUAAUAUCGUACAGUUUUCCACCCGGUGGACAGAUCACAACUGUUUCUGCCAUAGAUAUAGAUGAGCUCGAAUUAGUCAAGUACAAAAUUAUCUCUGGGAAUGAAAAAGGAUUUUUUGAGUUAAAUCCUGAUUCUGGAGUGCUGGUGCUGAGAAAAAGUUUGACUACUGCCAAUCCAAAAAAUGGAGUCUUUAACUUGAAAAUAGCAGCUACCGACGGCGAAAACCUUUCAGACUCAAUGUUUGUUAACAUUUCUGUUGUUCACGGGAAAGUGUCAUCAAAAAGUUUCAGUUGCAACGAAACCAGAGUUGCCCAGAAGCUAGCUGAAAAGUUGCUAAAAAAGGCUAAAGCUAACAGUAAGCCCAAAAUAGAAGAUGUAUUUAUCGAUCUGUACUCGGUCAACAGGCAGACUCCGCAGUUCGAUAAAUCUUUUCCAUCUGAGAUAUCUGUCCGUGAGGACCUCAAAGUAGGAGGCAGUGUCUUGAAGGUCAAGGCCUGGGAUGGAGAUACUGGCUUUAAUGGUCGGGUUUUGUUUACCAUCUCUGACGGGAACAAGGAUAGCUGUUUUAAUAUUGAUAUGGAAACUGGAUUAAUUAGUGUCUUGAUGCCAAUGGAUCGUGAAAAAGUAGACCGAUAUCUUCUGAAUAUUACCAUUUAUGACCUAGGCUCACCUCAGAAGUCUACAUGGAGGCUAUUGACCAUAAAUGUGGAAGAUGCUAACGACAACACCCCCCAGUUUUUACAGGAGAGCUACUCUGCCGUCAUUCUCGAAAACACAAACCUUGGCACAGCAGUUAUCCAGGUUGAAGCUACUGACAAAGAUUUAGGACCUAAUGGUGAUAUAUUAUACUCUAUAUUGACAAGCACAACUCAGCUGGCAAUUAACAGCUCAACUGGAAUUGUUUAUGUAGCUGGGCAGCUUGAUAGGGAAUUUAAAGCUCAUUUCAAUUUAAAAAUAGAGGCUCGUGAUAAAGCUGAAAGGGGAAAGCAGAGGUUCUCAGUUGUUACUCUAAAGGUAUCCUUGGAUGACGUUAAUGACUGCCCUCCAGCAUUCAUUCCAUACAGUUACAAUGCCAAGGUUCUUGAAGAUCUUCCGGUUGGCACCAUUAUAGCCUGGCUGGAGACACAAGAUCCAGACCUUGGUUUAGGUGGCCAGGUAAGAUACACUCUGGCAAAUGACUACAAUGGGAAAUUUGAGAUUGAUAAAGCCAGCGGGGUUAUUCGUCUGGCUAAGGAGCUGGAUUACGAGAAGCAGCAGUUUUAUAACCUGACAGUGCGGGCUAAAGAUAAAGGGCGUCCAGUGUCUCUACUGUCGGUGUCCUUUGUGGAGGUGGAAGUGGUGGAUGUAAACGAGAAUCUUUACCCUCCCUAUUUUUUGGAUUUUGCUGUGAAGGGAACGGUAAAGGAAAACUCACGGAUUGGCACCAGCGUUCUCCAGGUCACAGCUAGAGAUGAUGAUGUUGGAAGAGAUGGAGAGAUUCAGUAUUCUAUUCGAGAUGGUAGCGGACUUGGCAGGUUCUCUAUUGACGAAGAGACAGGAGUAAUCUAUACUGCAGACAUACUCGACCGAGAGACAAAGGAUUCUUACUGGCUCACUGUCUACGCCACGGACCACGGUGUUGUGCCAUUAUACACCACCAUUGAAAUAUACAUCGAGGUGGAGGAUGUGAAUGACAAUGCUCCGCUAACGUCUGAACCCGUUUACUAUCCCUCGGUUCUGGAGAACUCUCCAAAAGACGUGUCUGUAAUCCAGAUCCAGGCCCAGGACCCAGACGCCAGCCCUCGUGAUAAGCUCACUUACAGGAUCUCAAGUGGAAACCCUCAGAACUUCUUUGUUAUCAACUCAAAGACAGGUCUUAUCACUACAACAUCAAGGAAGUUAGAUAGAGAGCAGCAGGCGGAACAUGUUUUGGAGGUGACAGUCAUGGAUGGAGGGCCCUCUUCCCGGCAGUCGACAGUCUGGCUGAUGGUCCGUGUCCUGGAUGAAAAUGACAACAAGCCCCAGUUCCCUGAAAAGGUUUACCAGAUUAAGCUUCCCGAGCGGGACCGAAAGAAAAGAGGAGAACCCAUCUAUCGACCGUUCGCCUACGACAAGGACGAGGGGCCCAAUGCAGAGAUUUCUUACAGCAUCGUUGAGGGGAAUGACGAUGGGAAGUUCUUUAUUGACCCUAAAACCGCAAUGGUGUCUUCUCGGAAGCAGUUCACGGCUGGCAGCUACGACAUCCUAACAAUUAAAGCUGUAGACAAUGGACGGCCACAGAAAUCCUCGACGGCACGUCUGCAUAUUGAGUGGAUUAAAAAGCCCCAGCCAUCCACUCAACCUCUCAGCUUUGAUGAGCCCUUCUACAACUUCACAGUGAUGGAGAGUGACAAAGUGACCGAGAUUGUAGGUGUGGUCUCCCUGCAACACACAGCAACCCCCCUUUGGUUUGACAUUGCUGGUGGCAAACAUGCACGGGAGAUGUUCUAUAUUCUUCAGACAGCUUGUGGCCAGAAUUGUUCCACAGAAGGUGGAAACUACGACAGCAUGUUUGACAUUGAAAAAGGAGUGGGAACGAUUGUUAUUGCAAAGCCAUUGGAUGCAGAACUCAGGUCCAUGUACAACAUGACUGUGGAGGUCACAGAUGGAUCCAAUAUUGCUACCACACAGGUGUUUAUUACGGUCUUGGAUAACAACAAUAAUGGCCCAGUCUUCUCCCAGCCCAGUUAUGAUAUCACCAUUUCAGAGGACACUGCACCAGAGACGGAGGUCCUGCAGAUUAUCGCUACGGAUAGAGACGAGAAACACAAGCUGAGCUAUUCCAUCCACAGCAGCAUUGACCCUGCCAGUAUGAGAAUGUUCCGCAUUGACCCCAGUGCAGGGACCAUGUACACCACAGAGAGGCUAGACCACGAGGCUCGUGCACAGCAUGUCUUAACUAUUAUGGUGAGGGACCAGGAAUUUCCAUAUCGUAGAAACUUGGCACGAGUCCUAGUGAACGUCGAUGAUGCAAAUGACCACGCCCCCUCCUUCACCAGUGCCCUUUACGAGGGUUCUGUGUUCGAAUCUGCUGCUGUCGGUUCUGCUGUGCUGCAGGUGACCGCUUUAGACAAAGACAAAGGAGAAAACGCAGAGCUUCUUUAUUCUAUAGAAUCAGGAAACACUGGGAACACCUUCAGAAUUGAACCAGUUUUGGGAAUCAUAUCAGUCGGCAGAAAACUUGACCUCGCAUCCAUCGGCCAUUAUGUAAUAACAGUGAGAGUUACUGAUCAUGGAUCACCUGCAAUGGGUGCUACCACAAUGGUGCGAAUCUCUGUGACAAUUUCGGACAACUCCCACCCAAAAUUCCCUCAGAAGGAGUACCAGGCGGAGGUGAAUGAAAAUGUUGCCGUUGGCACUUCUGUCACAAUAAUUGCAGCUGUGAGCUUGUCAACUUUGGUUUAUGAAAUCAAGGAGGGGAACUUUGAAAAGGCUUUCAAAAUGAAUCAAUAUUCAGGAGUUAUUACAACUCGGAAACCCCUUGAUUAUGAAUAUAUUUCUUCUUAUCUACUGAUAGUCCAAGCAUCCAACAUGGCCGGGAUGGCUUCUAAUGUGACUGUCAACAUCCAGGUUGCUGAUGACAAUGAUAACCCCCCCGUCUUCCAGCAGUCACAGUAUGCAGGCAGCAUAAGUGAAGCCGCCCCCAUCAAUAGUGUUGUCUUGAGCACAAAUGACAGUCCCUUGGUAAUAAGAGCUGCUGACGCAGACAAAAAUCAAAAUGCUCUGCUUGUCUAUGAGAUCGUAGAAGAUACAGCCAAGAUGUUCUUUACGGUCGAUUCUAGCACAGGAUCAGUAAGGACGAUAGCUAAUUUGGACCAUGAAACAUUUUCAAGCUUUCAUUUUCAUGUGCACGUAAAGGACAGCGGAAAGCCGCAGCUAACAGCGGAGAGUCCUACUGAGGUUACCAUCCAGGUGCUUGACAUCAAUGACUCUCCUCCCAAGUUUUCCCAGGAUGUUUACGAAACUAUGCUCUUGCUUCCCACUUACAAAGGAGUCGAGGUUCUUAAAGUUUCAGCCACCGACCCCGAUUUAGAAGUCCCAUCUGAGCUAACCUACACACUAACCGAAGGAAAUACAGACCACUUUUUUAUUGAGCCCACGAGCGGUGUCCUUACAGUUAAGAACAACAGCUUUUCUAAAGAUCGCUAUCUGCUUAAUGUGAGGGUUUCUGAUGGGAAGUUCUACAGCACAGCCUUGGUUACUGUAGUAGUCAAGGAAGCUAUAGAAAGCGGCCUCUUUUUUACACACAGUAUGUAUUCUACUUCAAUCGUGGAGAACAGCACUAACAUAACAAAGGUGGCAGUGGUGAACGCUGUGGGCAACCGUCUGAACGAGCCGCUUAAAUACAGCAUUUUAAACGCCGGUAGCAGGUUCCAAAUAAAACCAACUUCAGGAGUAAUUCAGACAACCGGGAUUCCAUUUGACCGGGAGGAACAGGAGGUUUACGACCUGGUGGUGGAAGUAAGUCGUGAGCACGAUCACCUGAGGGUUGCAAGGGUGGUGGUCAAAGUCCAGGUGGAAGACAUCAAUGAUAACCCGCCUGUGUUUGUGGGCCUUCCUUAUUACGCUGCAGUACAGGUUGACGCUGAUCCAGGAGCUCCUAUUUACAGAGUGAGAGCAGUAGACCGCGACAAGGGGAUUAAUGGUGAGGUAGCUUAUUUUUUAAAGGAUGACCAUGAGCACUUUGAAAUCAACAGACACACUGGUGAUGUCACGUUGAAAGAAGCUUUUGAGUCUGAUUUGUCCAACACUGAGUACGUGGUCAUCGUUUUCGCAAAAGACGGUGGAAAUCCUUCACUUUCCUCUACCAUUGAACUCCCAAUCACUAUAGUAAAUAAAGCCAUGCCUGUUUUUGAUAAAACUUUCUAUGCAACAUCAGUUAAUGAAGACAUAGCGGCACACACACCCAUUCUUAGUAUUAAUGCCACCAGCCCUGAAGGCCAAAAUAUUAUAUACACAAUUGUGGAUGGUGACCCUUACAACCAGUUUAACAUUGAUUUUGACACUGGCAUAAUAAGCGUGAUUAGUUUGCUGGACUAUGAAGUCAGCUCCAGUUUUAGGCUUAUUAUCAGGGCAACAGACUCUCUUACUGGAGCAAGGGCUGAGGUGGCUGUGGAUAUAACAGUACUUGACGUGAAUGACAACCCUCCAGUUUUUGAGAAGGUGGUCUAUAAGACAUCCUUGUCGGAAACCUCCAUGAUUGGGACUCCUGUUGUGCAAGUUGUGGCUACUGACAAAGAUUCAGAAAACAAUCGCAUUGUACGUUAUCAAAUUGUUUCAGAUAUCUAUAAUAGCACUGAUUAUUUUCACAUAGACAGCAGUAGUGGGCUUAUACUGACAGCACGUAUGUUGGACCAUGAAUUGAUACAGCAGUACAACUUCAUCAUCAGAGCAACAGAUAAUGGAUUCCCACCUCUAAGCAGUGAAGUAUCAGUUACUGUUAAUGUGAACGAUAUGAACGACAACCCUCCAGUCUUUAACCAGUUACUAUAUGAGUCGCAAGUGAGUGAACUUGCCCCAAAAGGGCAUUUUGUGGCUUCCGUUCAGGCAUCCGAUGCUGAUAGCUCUGACGUUGACAAACUAGAAUAUAGCAUCUUGUCAGGGAAUGAUCGCAUGAACUUUAUAAUGGACAGCAAAACAGGAAUCAUAACCUUGUCCAAUCACCGUAAGCAAAGGAUGGAGCCUAUGUACAGCUUGAAUGUAUCUGUGUCUGAUGGCGUGUUCACCAGUACAGCCCAGCUGCAUAUCAAAGUAUUAGGGGCAAAUCUGUACAGCCCUGUGUUUUCUCAAAAUGUUUAUGUGGCAGAGGUUCGUGAAAAUGCUGCUCUAGGUUCAAAGGUUGUCCAGGUGAAGGCCACUGAUCCGGAUUUAGGAUCAUUUGGUCAAAUCACCUACUCUUUUGUGAAUGACUUUGGGAAGGAUCAGUUUUCUAUUGGUGCAACAGGGCAGAUCACUACAAUGGAAAAGCUGGACAGAGAGAAUCCAACAGAUGGAGAUAUCAUUUUAACCGUGAUGGCCCUGGAUGGCGGCGGCAGGGCGUCCUUUUGCACUGUUAGGGUGAUUCUGGUCGAUGAAAAUGAUAAUGCCCCUCAGUUCAGAGCUGCAGAGUACAGAGCGAGUGUGAAGGCGGAUGUUGGGAAUGGGUUCCUGGUUACGCAGGUGCAAGCCGUUGACCCAGACGAUGGGGCUAACUCCAGGAUAACGUAUUCCCUGUACAGCGAGGCACACGUUCCCGUGGCAGACAUUUUGGAAAUAGAUCCUGACAACGGAUGGAUGGUCACCAAAGGGAGCUUCAGCCACUUGAAAAACUCUAUACUUUCAUUUUUUGUGAAAGCGGUUGAUGGCGGCCUGCCCAUGAAACACUCUCUAAUUCCUGUUUACAUCCACGUGUUGUCUCCCGAGGCCAUUGUACCUUCUUUCACCCAGCCUCAGUAUUCCUUUACAUUCCCGGAAGACACCCCCAUAGGAGCAAUACUUGGUUCUGUCCAUCUUGGGAUGGGCCAGUCUGGAGUAUUUAACACAGUGAAUGGUGCGCUAGCUGAAAACAAUGAGGAAGGGGUGUUUGUUGUUGAACGAGACACAGGUGCCAUAAAACUAGACAAAGCCCUUGAUCACGAAACAAAUGAUGCCUUUCAUUUUAAAGUGUCUGCCACAAUGAAGCAAGGACGGAUAGAUGCUGUUAAUGUUGUGGAUGUGGAAGUAAAGGUCCUAGAUUUAAAUGACAACAAACCGAUCUUUGAAACAAAUCCUUAUGAGGCGAUUGUAAUGGAGGGAAUGCCAAUAGGAACCAAAAUAAUUCAAGUGAAAGCCUUGGACCCAGACUGGGAAGCAAACGGGCAAGUCACCUACAGCCUAGUGUCGUCUUCCGAUUCAGAGCUGGAUGAAAUCGGGGCAAGUUUUACUAUGGAUAGCAACACCGGUUGGAUCAGCACCUUGAAAGACCUUGAUCAUGAAAGAAACCCUUCUUUUGCCUUUUCUGUGUUGGCAUCAGAUCUUGGGGAGACAAUUUCUCUUUCCUCCACAACGACUGUCUUGGUGGCAGUAAAAGAUAUUAACGACAACGCUCCCAAUUUCGUGCAGGAGAUUUACAAAGGCUCAGCAAGGGAGAGUGACCCACCCGGUGAAGUGGUGGCCGUCUUAAGCAUACAAGAUGAUGAUACCUCUGAUGUCAACCGACAGGUCAGCUUUCACAUAACAGACGGGAAUCCAAAGGGAAAGUUUGCCCUUGGGCUGGUCCAGAAUGAGUGGAAAGUGUAUGUGAAGAGACCCCUAGACCGUGAAGAGCAGGACAUGUACUUUCUGAACAUCACAGCAACAGACGGGCUCUUUGUAACGAGGGCUGUGGUGGAAGUCACUGUCAUAGACACUAAUGACAAUAGCCCUGUCUGUGACCAGGUCUCAUAUAGUGCCUCGUUCCUUGAGGACAUAUCUCCAAAUAAAGUCAUUUUGAGGAUCAGUGCUGAAGAUGCAGAUAUCGGUUCCAAUGCCGAAAUCCGGUACUCACUUCAUGGAACCGGUGCUGAUGACUUUUUCUUGGAUGCAGAAACUGGUGAACUGAAGACCUUGUCCCCCAUGGAUCGAGAAGAGACCCCCGUGUAUAACCUGAUUGCCAGGGCCACAGACGGAGGGGGACGAUACUGCCAGUCUGAGAUAGUCCUGGUGGUGGGGGAUGUGAACGACAACCCUCCUGUGUUUUCAGCCAGUCAUUACACAGCGUGCGUUUAUGAGAAUACUGCCACCAAAGUCCUGUUAACUAGAUUGCAAGCCACUGAUCCAGAUGUAGGUCUAAACAGGAAAGUGGUGUAUUCUCUGGUGGACUCUGCAAGCGAACACUUCUCCAUCGACAAGUCUUCUGGGAUCAUCGUCCUUGAGAAGCCCCUCGACCGUGAGCUCAAGGCUUUGUACAACAUCACAGUGAAGGCCUCAGACCAGGGGCUGGCUGUAAGGCUCUCUUCUGUGGUCACGGUUACCAUCAAGGUUCUGGACAUUAAUGAUAAUCCUCCAGUUUUUGAGAGGCGGGAUUAUUUGGUGACCGUUCCUGAAGACGUCGCUCUGGGUACCAAAGUUCUGACGGUAUACGCUACAAGCAAAGAUAUUGGCAGCAACGCAGAAAUGUACUAUAGCAUUAGAUCUGGCAACGAACAUGGGAAAUUCUUUAUUGAUCCUCAGUCAGGAGUCAUCUCAGUUUCGAAAGAACUGGACUACGAGAUGUGUAAAGAUUAUUUCCUCACUGUGGAGGCCAGGGAUGGGGGCACUCCUCCGUUAAGUGCUGUGGUAACAGUGAAUGUUGACCUGACGGAUGUGAAUGAUAACGCACCAACGUUCAGCCAGAAUAUCUACAACGCAGUGAUCAGUGAAGACUCCUCCAUUGGGGAUUCUGUUGCCAUGCUAAUGGCUGAGGACUUGGACAGUCUAGUAAAUGGGGAGAUUGUAUUCUCUAUUGUGAGUGGAGAUCGGGAAAAUCAGUUUUUCAUUGAUCCCAUCACAGGACUAAUGAAGGUCAAUAAGCGUCUCGACAGGGAGAUGGUGUCUGGAUAUUCACUGGCAGUACGAGCUAUGGAUAGUGGUUCGCCUUCAAUGUCAUCUACAGCAAUCGUGAACAUCGACAUAUCUGAUGUGAAUGAUAAUCCUCCCGUCUUUACCCCAGUCAACUAUACAGCAGUGAUUCAGGAAAAUAAACCUGUAGGUACCAGCAUGUUACAGCUUACAGUCAGAGACAUUGACUCCUCCCACAAUGGACCCCCCUUCACGUUCACUAUCCUGUCUGGCAAUGCUGGCAAGGAAUUUAUAUUGGAGCAGACUGGAGUUCUGAGGUCUAAUAUAGUCUUCAGACAGGAAGAGGCAUCAGAGUAUGCUCUCCAUGUGCAGGCCAAAGACUCUGGCAGGCCCCAGCUUUCCUCCACCACCUCCAUCCUUAUCCGCAUAAUCGAGGAGAGCAUCCACAAGCCGAUCGCCAUUCCUCUGGAGAUAUACAUUGUGACGAUGGAGGAUGAGUUUCCAGGGGGAGUCAUCGGGAAGAUCCAUGCCACGGACCAGGACGUGUACGAUGUGCUCUCCUUCACCCACAAGUACCAGCAGAAGAGUCUGUUUAAAAUAAACAGCCAGGAUGGGAAGAUCAUUGCGCUGGGGGGGUUGGAUACGGGGAAAUACGUGCUGAACGUCACGGUGAGCGAUGGCCGCUAUGCUGUGCCUGUGGAUGUCGUGGUACACGUGGAGCAGGCGACCCCGGAGAUGCUGCAGAGCUCGGUCACCAUUCGCUUCGAGAGCAUCUCCCCAGAGGACUUCGUCGGGCUCCACCUGCGCGCAUUUAAGCGAACCCUUCGGAACUCUGUGGCCACACAGAAACAGGACACUCUUCACAUCCUCGGCAUCCAGCCGGUAGCAGGGACGAGCCAACUGGACAUGCUGCUUGCUGUGCAGACGCCAGGUGGGGGGUUCUACAAGGCUGCCUACCUCAUCCAGAAGCUGAGCACUUCCAGGAAACACCUGGAAAACAUGCUCCGCAUCUCAGCCAUCCUGGAUAAGAACUGCUCAGGCCUGGAGUGCCAAGAGAAGCUUUGUGAGCAGAUGGUCUCCCUGGACUCCCACUCACUAGUGGCCUAUAGUACAGCCAGGAUCAGCUUUGUGUCACCCCGUUUCUACAGGAACACCAAGUGCACCUGCAGUGGUGGCGUCUGCCCUGGCACUUCGGAGCCUUGUGAAGACAAGCCUUGCCCAGAAGACAUGCAGUGUGUGGGACGCAGGGCAAGUCGAGGGCCGUAUCUCUGUCAGUGCCCACCUGGCAAACUUGGAGAGUGUGCAGGCCACACAUCCUUGAGCUUCGCUGGAAACAGUUAUAUUAAAUACCGGGUUUCAGAAAGCAGCAAGGUAGACGAGCUGAAGCUUGGAUUGCGACUCCGGACGCUCCAGAGCAAGGGGAUCAUCAUGUACACGAGAGCAGACCCCUGUACCAUCCUGAAGAUUGAGGAUGGCAAGCUGUGGUUCCAGUUGGACUGUGGCAACAGCCCAGGAAUUUUGGGAAUCUCUGGAAGGGCCGUUAACGAUGGGAACUGGCACUCAGUGUUUUUGGAACUCAACCGCAAUUUUACAAGCCUGUCGUUGGAUGACAGCUAUGUGGAGCGCCGCAGGGCACCCUUCCAUUUCCAACCCCUGGGGGUCGACGGCUCCAUCUACUUUGGUGCCCAGGUGCAGCCUCCCAACGCCCGAAGCCUGAUAGACAAGAAGAGCCCUCAGGUUCUGGGUGGUUUCCAGGGCUGCCUGGACUCAGUUGUGCUGAACAACAAUGAACUGCCUCUUCAGAACAAGCGGACUCAUUAUGCGGAAGUGGUGGGCCUGACUGAGUUAAAACUUGGCUGUGUUCUCUACCCUGAUGCUUGCGAAAGGAAUCCCUGUAAGAACGGUGGAAGUUGUACAAGCCUGCCAUCUGGUGGUUUCGAGUGCAGUUGCACCUCACAGUUCACAGGGGGGCACUGUGAGACUGAAAUCACCUCUUGCUUCCCAAACCCAUGUCUUAAUGGAGGAUCCUGCAAACCAAUAGGGAAUGCCUUCUUGUGCAGCUGCAGACAGGGUUAUGCAGGAGACACGUGUAAAGAAGACAUCAAUGAAUGUGAAAAAGAGGAGUGUGAAAAUGGCGGGAAAUGUGUAAACACAUUUGGCGCUUUCUAUUGUAACUGCACUUCAGGCUACGUGGGGCAGCACUGUGGUCUAAGACCAGUGGUCGUCCCUAAUAUUCAGGCAGGACAAUCCUAUGUGGGUAAGGAGGAGCUGAUUGGAAUAGCCGUGGUCCUCUUUGUCAUCUUGGUCCUGAUUAUCCUCUUCAUAGCUUUCCGCAAGAAAGUUUUCCGAAAAGAUUACUCCCGGAAUAACAUCACCCUAGUCCAGGACCCUGCCACUGCUGCUCUGCUGAACAAAGCCAACGGGAUCCAGUUCAAAAACCUGCGGAACAGCACAGACCCCCGGAACCUCUACCAGGAGCCCGGUGGCCCUCCCCAGGUGCCGGUCCGACCCAUGGCCUACACCCCCUGCUUCCAGAGCAACUCCCGGAACAACCUGGACAAGAUUGUGGACAGCCUAGGAGUGGAGCACACCGAGAUGACCACCUUCCACCCAGAGUCCCCACGCAUUCUCACCACCAGGAGAGGGGUGGUGGUGUGCAGUGUGGCCCCCAACCUGCCCCCAGUAUCCCCCUGCCGCUCGAACUGUGACUCCAUCAGGAAAACCGCAUGGGAGACUAACACUGAAGGUAAAGUGGUGGACAUGGUUGAAGAAGUCACUUGCUUUUCAGGCAGUAAUAAAGGCAGUAAUUCUGAGGUCCAGUCACUUAGCUCCUUCCAGUCUGACUCAUGUGAUGACAAUGCUUCCAUAGUGACUGUCAUACGACUCGUCAACGAUGCAGUUGACACAAUUGAAAAUGAAGUGUCUGAAAUGGAUCAAGGGCAGAGCUACAACAGAGCUUAUCACUGGGACACUUCAGAUUGGAUGCCAAGCACUCGACUGCCUAAUAUUGAGGAGGUGCCCAAUUACGAAGCUGGAGAUGGUUCCUCAGUAAAUCUCGGUAGCACCAGGGAACUGGAGACUGACUACUACCUUGGCGGCUAUGAUAUUGACAGCGACUUCCCUCCUCCACAAGAUGAGGAAUUUCUGAGGCAAGACCAGCUCCCACCGCCCCUCCCAGAGGAAUACCAGGACCACUAUGACACCCUCCCACCACCACAACCGGUUUCUGUGGACAGCACCCUGAGCACCAACAGCUGCCAGCGGCCUCACUUCCAUCCCAGCCAGUACCUCCCGCCCCAUCAGUUCCCAGGAGAGAUGGAGGCCUUAGGGGCUCAAGGAGGGGAAGAGUUUAGCAGUUUCCCAAUAGGCUCCAGUCAGGACCUGGAGACCGAGAACCUGGACAACGUUUCCAUGCGCCUGUCCACCAAUGCUUCUUCCUCAGACCUUUCCGCCAGCUGUGGCUUAGACGACUCAGAAGCAGCCAUAAGCGACUUUGAAAGUGCGAACGAGCUCAAUUUUGACAGUAUCCACAUCCCAUUCAUGGAAACCCAACAGCAGACAGAAGUGUAAUAUCAGUAGUGAUGAUAAACCUAACAUGAAAUACUUUUAUUUGGAGGCAUUGAAAAUAUAUAAUAGCAAAAGGAGCCAGGAGCACCUGUAAACAUUUCCAUGGUACUGAGUCACUGCCUGGUGAUGUCAGCCAUAUGAUGAUCGCUUUAUAAAGCAGUGCACACAAUGAAAAAAAAACCCUUUGUUAAAAAAUGUUACUGUUUCUUAAAAAACUAAAAGAUUGUUUGCCAUUUUACAUACAUUUGCAUUAAUAUAAUGGAUCUGUUACAGAAACUGUAGACUAAGGGAUAUUAUGACAAUCAGGUUAUACUAAUAAAAUAAGUACAGUCUUAACACAUACGUGAACGUGCAUUGUCAGCUCAUGUUUAGUGACUAGUAUAGUAUGUUUUAACAUUUGUUUAGUCAGUUGCUGAAAAUGGAAAAGCAGAUCUAUGAAAAAUAAGAAAUAUGAAUAUUUAAAAUGAACCUGUAAGGCCCGGUACACACUGUCCGAUGCGAUCGUCGAAUCUCAUGGGUAUCGAUCAGCUGAUCCUGUAAAAUUGCAUACCGGGCUUAAAAAUUAUUCAUUCUGUGUCUUACAGAAUGUGUGUUGGAUAAUUAAACUGCAAGUAUAGCUCGGCACACAAUUGAAACCCUUUGAAGAUUAGCUGUAACAUGUACAUUAUUUACAGUAUUUAACCUUGUAAUUUGAGGUUACUGCGAUCCUCCUACCUCUGUACAAUUUAUGACACAAGAGCUUCAUGAACUGGUUACUCGGGCUGGCUGUGGAAAGCUUAACCCAAAUAACUGAAUUGGAAAGCAAAUGGUUUGUGCAGCUCUACAGCUCACUAGUGUACAGUCUUUUCUCACCAACACCUUUAUAAAGUAUGUGUGAUUUAAAGAAGUUUUAAACUGAUACAGUGUUUUGAAAGAGCAUAGAACCUUUUUUUUUUUUUUGGUGUUUAACCGUGUCCUACCGACGCAUUGAAAAGAAGAAUACUGAAGAAAAAAAGAAACUGCCAAAUAUUAUAAAUAGUAUCCAACCAUGCACUUAAUGAUAGUUCUGUAGCUAAAAGGCACCACUACACAUGCAGUGGAUCUGCCACCUAGACAUCAGAUCAACCCUUUCAUCUAUAGUGUGGCUAUAUGUUAACAGCCUUUUAUCCAAAAGGUCUUAGCCCAUGUUUAUAAAUAAUGUUAAAGGGUUAAAUGCAAUUCCCAUAAAGAACACAGGACCAUUUUCCGCGUUAGUGGUCUUUGGUGUAACUGAAAACAAUGCUAUAAAAAACAACUCAAACUAGAGAUUCAGUGUAAUAUGCCUAAUAAAGUAGGUCAGCAUUUGGAAUUUUAUUUUUGAAGUUCUGAUGCAUAUUUCUUUUGUGGGAUUAUGUGAUUUUGAUUUAUGUGAACUAUUUGCACUAACUGAAAAAUUCCAUUUGCAUCUCAUUUCUGUAAGCUUGGCACAUAGCUAACCCAUAUUUUAUGAACAAGCAUUUCUCUGGUAACAGGCCCUUCAUUAAAAUGGUACGUUUGUUUCACUGCUAAGUUAUUGAUAUUAGACUAAUGGCAAGCACAUGCUAUUUGUGGUGAUAGGUCUUUUCUAAUACAUACCUGCCAAUACUAUAGUGUAAUGUUGUCUCCACUUAGGUCUCUCUUUGUAUUAGUGCUGCACUAUUGAGAUGUACCUGUGCUGGCCCUGUGGGCACAAAGUGAAGAAACUAAACUAAAUGUUACAAACAUUACAUUUUUAGAUUUUUUUUUUGUCGGUCCUGAAAUGUGUCAUCAUAAUACAUAUGCUGCCAGUGAGUUAAAUAAAAACACUCUCAACAGCUGAUUAUAAAGAUUAAUAAUUGAUCAGGUUUCCUUUAUUAAUGACCUUGCAGUUACUUUCAAAACUAGUCAUAAAGAUUCAAAAUGUGUCCUUAACUGUGCCAAUGUUAUCAAAGCCAUUGAAACUGUAAUUUAAUUAAAAACAUUGCAGUCAGGUCAUGUAGCCUCUUUAUCAACUGCAUUUUAUUUCAUGAACUGAAUCCAAGUAAAUUAUUAUUUUAAAAAAGCCUGUUUUUGUUGCAUUUUAAUAAAUGUUUCUCCAACUGUAACAACAAUAAAUAAUUAGUUGCAUUUUCUUAGAAUCAUGGUCUUGUAAUAUAAUAUGCCUGAUGUUAGCAGGCCGUUUUGUAAAGGAUGUAAGAUUGUGUUCAAAAUGUUUGUAUAAAGUGUAUAUAGCUAGGUUGUCGAAGAUGCAGGUUUUUGUAGAUAUUUGAUGCCAAUUAUGCUGCCUUUUUAAUUAUAUUGAUGUUAAAUGUGAAUGUCGGCAGAAAAGAGGCAGUUUGAAAUUAAAGACAAUUUAACCAUUUUUAAAAUGUUCUUUUGAUAAAAACUAGAAAAAUCACCUUUUAUGAUUUUUCUUAAAUUUUCUUCUUAAUUAACCAUUGUUUUUCAAAUUGUCAAAAACAUUUUGACUUCUUUAACAAACCUGUUGUGGAUUUUGCACAAUGUUGUAUGCACACUGUUCUAAAUCAUUUGGCAAGUAUGGCUGUUCUCAACUUGUACUUUUCACUUCCAAGAAUUCCAAGAGUCUCUUUCCCCGAAGUUUUGGCAGUAUUAAAAUGUGUAGUUAAUUACAGCAAUUGAGUGUACAAAUUGAUUUCUUUUUUAACUGCUGUUUUGUUUUCUAAGUCAGUGUACAAAAAAUAAAGAUAACUGAUCAACAA